AUGUUCACAUCCACAAUUGCACCGAUUCUUGUUGAUGCUCUUCUCGACAACUCAUCUUCAGUUGUUGCCACGACGCAGUAUUCUGUGAGCCAGGAAGUUUUGGACUAUGUGAAAAGAGUCAAGACUAUUUAUCACUGGCUGAUUCCUCUUAUGAUCAUCAUUCUUUUGGUAGCAAUUAUUGGAAAUGGAUUGAUUUGUAUAUCAGCAAAAUGGCUCUCAUCGCCAGUAUCUCCUUAUUUGAAACUGUGCAUUUCCCUUGCAGCAGCUGACACUUGGGCUGCUCUUUUAUUAAUAACUGGACUAAUUGUUAACUCAUAUCUUCCGGUAAUAUUUGGAUAUCAAAAGAAGUCCAUGUGCUUUGAAGCUGUUCUUGAAAUGUUUCGAAUAUCUGGAAUGUUAACUUCGGAUCUUCAUUUAUUUGCAUUGGCAAUCAAUCAAUUCUUUGGAACUAUGUACCCUUUAAAAUAUAAGAUUAUGAUAACCACUCGUCGUAUCCGUACCAUCAUCAUUGCUCUCUGGACAGUUCCACUGAUGUUCGUUUUCGGAUGGUUCGUGGCAAAAGAAGACGAUGGUCUGCGCCAUCCAACAUGCAAUUUCACAUUCUACAAUCGUUUCCCAUUCCGUAUCACAAUCUUCUUGAUCUUCAUGCUCCCUUUGAUCUCAACUCUCAUUAUUUAUGGAUGUAUUCUUGUCAAACUUCUCAAAGCGAAAGUGGAAUUUGAAACGUAUUGUAGUGAUCAGAAAAUGAAGAGCAGCAGUCCAAACAAUAACUUUAAUAAGAACAACAAGACACCAGCUGCCAGAAGUUUGAGUACUCGAUCCACAAAUGUAUACUCAAAACUAAAGUUGGUAUGGACAACUCUUCUGAUUGUAUCCACAUUUUCAUUGUCUUGGGGACUCUGUGUUCUGUACUUUGUGAUGGUUUGUGCCGAGGGAUGCAUCAUUAUCUAUCGAGAGAACAUUGGACUUUAUAUGAGUCUUUUCCUUAGCUCCACUGUUAAUAGUUUGGUAAUGGUGAAACUUGCCUCGAAUCCCUUCAUCUACACUCUCCGAAUCAAAGCAAUCCGAUCUUCCGUUGAUCGAUUCGUCAAUAAAAUUCGUCGAAGACCUACGGAUGCAAAAAGUUACUACAUGACGAGUUUAGUCCCUUCAACGAAUAUUGAGCCGACUGCCAUUUAA